UCGCUCUGAUGAGCGAGACAACAAGCGAACCAUUAAUAAGCAGGCACAAGUACGGCAUAACAAUAAAUGCUUUGUUUUUCAAACCCCGCUACGAGCGUAGUAAAGUUGGGAUUGUACGUGCGAGUAGGAGGAUUGUUACGUCACAGGGCACAAACAUCAACAUUCGUCUCCCUCACAACAUCCAGCGACGAGCGGCCAAAGAGAUCAGCUGACGAGAACGACAACGACUACGGGAAAAGGCGAACACUGCGCUACCUCAUAGUAUAGCAGUAACAUUAGCAACGGCAGCAGCAACAACAGCUCAGCAGAUGUAACAUGGCUUCAACCUCGGCCGGCACACUGGAGGGCACUCUGAGCAAAUGGACGAACGUGAUGAAGGGAUGGCAGUAUCGCUUCUUUGUGCUGGACGAGAAUGCAGGCCUGCUAUCCUACUACACGUCCAAGGAGAAGAUGAUGAAGGGCGUGCGACGUGGCUGUGUGCGCCUCAAAGACGCGCUUAUCGGCAUCGACGAUCAGGAGGAUAAUACCUUCACCAUCACUGUGGAUCACAAAACCUUUCACUUUCAGGCGCGGCACAGCGAUGAGCGUGAACAGUGGGUGCGACGUCUGGAGGACACAAUACGACGGCACGCGAAUCGUUCGCGUCUGUGGGACAGUCAGAGCGCCUUCUACAUUGCUGGCGGCUACACGAAAGAGUCGGGCGGCAAGCGUUCCAAUCACUUGGAGCUCGUGGCGCGACGUGUUACCGAAGCGGAUGCCUAUCUGCAGCUCAUGAUAGAACAGACCAAUGCGCUGGACAAACGCAUUGCUGAGCUGAGCGACACUGCCGAGCAGGUCAAAUGCAAAGCGUUGCAGGACAACGCAAGUGCCAUGUUGGAUCAUAUCAAGCACUCAAUUGUGAGUCUACAAAUUGCCAAAAAUAUGGCGCACCCCAUCAAUGGCAUUUACAAUGGGCCGACGAUGACAACUACAACAGCAACAACAAUGGCAUCUGGCGACGCUAGUAGCAUUGGAGGAGGAGCAGGAGGUGGUGGAGGAAAGGGUAGCGAGGCCAUCUCGGCACUCAAGAACGAAAUGGCUGGCGACGAUGAGGAUGAUUCAGCAACGGAAAACGCCACGACAGCACCGUUGGGUCUCGUUGUGCCAGAGACCUCUUAUUCGAGCAGUGAAGGUGAAGAAGACUUCUAUGAUGCCUAUGAUGAUCCGUUCACAAGCCUGGGCAGCUCACCAAUUGGCUGUGCCACGCGCGGCUUUGUGGAGACAUCACCCACGCACGAAAAGCCGCCGGAUAACUACGAUUCAGCCGGAGCAACAACAGCGGCAGCAGUAGCAACAACAGCAAUCGCACCAACAUCAACAGCAGCAGCAACACCAGUCGCAACAACAGUGACGCAGUCGACGUUACCCGAAAUCGAAGAGACCGAAUCGAACAAAGUGCCGAGCUCACGUUCGUCGAGCUAUGACAAUGGCAUCGAUUACGAUGCACUCUACGAGGAGGAGGAGGAGAUGGACCUUAGCAUGGAGGCGCAUGGCUCAAUGAUAACGCAUCUGUUGUCGCAGGUGAAGAUUGGCAUGGACCUCACCAAAGUGGUGCUACCCACGUUCAUCUUGGAACGACGUUCUCUGCUCGAAAUGUACGCCGAUUACUUUGCCCAUCCCGAUUUGUUUCUUAAAAUCUCAGAGCUGGAUGACCCCAGGGAUCGCAUUGUGCAAGUUUGCCGUUGGUAUUUGAGUGCUUAUCAUGCUGGACGCAAGAGCGCGGUGGCCAAAAAACCCUACAAUCCCAUAUUGGGUGAAGUAUUUCAAUGUCAUUGGGAUAUUCCAGGUGAAUCCGAAGAUGGCAAGGAGGUGCAUGAUGGUCCCGUGCCCUGGUGUCGACGGGAUCAGCUAACAUUCUUGGCUGAACAGGUGUCGCAUCAUCCACCAAUUUCAGCCUUCUAUGCAGAGCAUUAUAAUAAGAAGAUUACGUUUACUGCUCAUGUCUGGACGAAAUCAAAGUUCUUGGGUCUGUCCAUUGGAGUGCACAACAUUGGCGAGGGCGUUGUCACCCUUGUCGAUCGUAGCGAAGAGUACAUUGUAACUUUCCCAAAUGGUUAUGGCAGAUCUAUUUUAACGGUGCCUUGGAUUGAGUUGGGCGGCUCAGUUGAAAUCAAAUGCCCCCAAACUGGUUACUAUGCCAAUAUUGAGUUUCUGACAAAACCCUUCUAUGGCGGCAAACGCAAUAAAGUCAGCGCUGAGAUAUAUUCGCCCAAUGAUAAGAAGCCAUUUGUGUCGAUUGCUGGCGAGUGGAGCGGUCUGAUGGAAGCCAAGUGGCAUGAUAAGAACAAAACCGAAGUAUUCGUCGACGUAAAUCGCAUACCCAUAUUUAAGAAACAAGUUCGACCAAUCGUUGAGCAGGAUGAAUAUGAAUCACGACGUGUUUGGAAGGAAGUAACGGCAGGACUCAAAUUCAAUGAUAUUGAGCGCGCCACGAAUGCCAAAUUUGUUGUGGAGCAACAGCAACGAGAUCAGGCCAAGGUGCGCAAGGAAUACGAUCUGGCUUGGGAACACAAGCACUUUAAGCCGAUUGGUGAGAAUUGGAUCUACACGAAACCGCUGAGUCAGCGCAUGUAUUUGCAGGAGAAGGAGGCCAAAAGAUAAUGAAUUUAUUGGGAGCAAUAUGCAAUGCCAAUACACGAUGUUUUUAUACACACUCACACACACAUUGAUAUAUCCGUGUGUGAUUCAUAUCAAGAAUGAGCCUCAACUAUUUGUAUAAUUUCCACAAGUGCGCAAAACAAAACCCCUUAAAAACACUGACGAUGAUACAACGUAACAUAUGCAGGAAACUAAAUGUUUUACAGAAAUAUGAAUUAUGAGAUAAGUUAUAAGAAACCAGUUGGUGGCCAGUCUCGAGUGUCCGUUUCUUAAUUGUAAAUAGUUUAAAUACGCAAAAAGUCAAAAUAACAAACGAAAAGAAAGCCAAGUUUAGGUAGUUAGUUGAGAACAAUAGUCGAACGAUGAGAACAGAGAACGACACAAUACAACAUAAUGGUUGAUAAAAUGAAUCUAAUAAACUGCAAGACAAACAAUAUACAGAGCUAACACUUUAAUAGUUUCUACGCAAUAUAUUCGUAUAAAGCAACUUAUUAUUAAAUAACUAUGUACUAGAGUGUUUCAAAGGCAAUCGCAGUAAACUGCAAAACAAAGAACACCUAAAACAAAACAAAUACGAAAAUACCUUUUACAAAACAAUACACUAUUAUAACAUACACAACACACACGCAACAUACAAGCACACAUGCCCACCCUUUAUGGGAUAUGUAUAUCAGAAGUUGUAGAUUACAAAAAAGAAAAAGGAUUAGGUAUUUAAGCAUAGAAAUUCUAUUUUUUAAAUAAAAGACUCUAAUAGACAAAAUACAAUACAUGAGAUAUCUAAUAGAUACAUAUAUAUUACAAAUAAUUAAUUCCUGUUUUCAAAACUUUAAAUGCACAAUUGAUUUUGUCAAAUAAAAAAAAAAGAAUAAUAACUUUAGUAUUAUAUUAUACUUUCAAUUCCAUUGUCACAAUAAAGAUAAAAGCUUUACUUACAAACCCGCAGCCAAAACUCCAACGAAUUGUUUGCAAUAUGCAGUAAUUAAAAACAAACAAAAAACACAACUAAAAAUAUAGAAUUAAUAAUAGUUAGCUUCUAAUUUUGGUUGGAGUUUGCCAAAAAUCCAACAGCCACAAUGCAAAGCUGUUUUUCUUUGUAAACUACCGAAUACUCUCACUCAAAACAAAGUUAACGCAAAAUGAAACGAAUAAAGAAUAUUACGCUUUUUCAA